UUCGAUGUGGAUGGAGGUCCAACGAAGCCGUCAGAGUCAGCCCUCAGCAUGGCGUGCUCACCCUAGCACCCGAAAAGUUAUCGUUGCUCUUUUGGGGCUCGUCAUAACAUGCGCAGGGUGGGCUGCAAUCAUCAUUUGCAUUUGACGCAAUAUUUAUAGUGUCCACUAUCGACAAAUCCUAAUCUCCGCUCACCAUACAAACGUGGUCGUUCUUUUUCUCUGUCCCCCGUUACAGCUACAUCAUGUAUUCCAUUCCGAGUGUCAAUGUACAAGGGUGGAUUCUGGCCUUUUUCAACAUGGCGAUCGUCCAGGGACCAUUGACAAUUGGGUUUCAUUGCUUAGAGCUCAUCACGAAUGUGAUUCGAAAUGAAAGACAGUGGAGAUGUGCCACUGGAGGGGAAGGACUUAGAAUGACGACGAACCCGCUGAAGCUGUUUUUCACUGAUCCACGUUGUCUUGUGCUUUUCUUCGCGAAGCCCUUACUACACUCGAUGUUUGGGAUCUCACUCGUUUUAAAUUUCGGCGGAUCGAGGGAGACAAUCAGUGAGCUGUGGAUGUACACAUGCAUAGCCCAGAUCUGGAACUUAUGCAUAGUGCUGAUUAUAUUUACUUAUUUCUUCACUUUCAUCGCUGCGCCGACCACACGGCCCCCGGCCAGUCGCAUACGGACACCUCCAGACACUCAGCAGCCUCGUAGACGAGUGGUCCCUUGUGAUGUAGUGGGGAAAUAAGAAGGACGGAAUUCGGUAUUGUCGUGCUGGGACGAGUGAUGACUCGCUGCCAGCUGUGAAGCAGGACUGUGUUUAUGCUGGGUCUUGUGUCGGGUCCCAUCCGUCCCGUGAGAUAUCUUGGGCCUUGCUUUUAGUAAUUCUUUUGUAAAUAAAGGAGCUAAAAUCGUGCCAGACGAGCUCAGCAGCCAUGUGCGGACAGAUAUGCCGUUGAGGAAGAGAUUGUGAUGCUACCAGGGGCUCGGGAUAUCCGAAUCGCAGGUGAAUCUCACAAGCGUGUCAUAAUGCCGGACAUUAGACAGGUGCACAGUUCAUGGACGAGACAGUCUUCCUUGCACAAGUUACUGUUGAUCAUCGCAUUUGACAUUUUUUUCUUGUACGAAAC